GAGUGUGUCAGACUGUACGCGGCUUAAAAUCCACCCUGUUUCAUCUUCUCUUUUCUCAAAUUGGAUCUCGUUUCAUCUCACACUUCUCGCUAAUUGAAAUUCACGCCGCCCUCAACGGCUGCUCCGGCCACCGCCACCCCCUCCUUCUCCCUCUCUUCUACUUAACAGAAACAUGCCUGCCCAGAAGGUUGAAACGGGUCAUCAAGACACAGUCCAUGAUGUUGCAAUGGAUUACUACGGUAAGAGGCUCGCUACAGCCUCAUCUGAUCACACAAUUAAGAUAAUUGGGGUUAGCAACUCGGCCUCUCAGCAUUUAGCAACUUUGGCUGGUCACCAGGGUCCUGUAUGGCAGGUGGUAUGGGCCCACCCAAAAUUCGGCUCUUUACUUGCUUCAUGUUCCUAUGAUGGGCGUGUCAUUAUUUGGAAGGAGGGUAACCCGAAUGAAUGGACUCAAGCUCAUGUCUUCGAUGACCACAAGUCAUCGGUAAAUUCGGUCGCAUGGGCACCUCAUGAGUUGGGUCUGUGUUUGGCUUGUGGUUCAUCUGAUGGUAAUAUAUCUGUUUUUACAGCAAGAGCAGAUGGUGGAUGGGACACCUCGAGGAUUGACCAAGCUCAUCCAGUUGGUGUAACUUCUGUGUCAUGGGCACCGUCAACGGCACCAGGUGCACUUGUUGGUGCCGGGUUGCUUGAUCCUGUACAGAAGCUGUGUUCUGGUGGUUGUGACAAUACUGUGAAGGUAUGGAAGCUCAACAACGGACUUUGGAAGAUGGACUGCUUCCCGGCUCUUCAGAUGCAUACAGAUUGGGUUCGAGAUGUUGCUUGGGCACCUAAUUUGGGACUUCCUAAAUCUACUAUUGCGAGUGCAUCCCAGGAUGGAAAAGUGAUUAUGUGGACUGUGGGCAAGGAGGGAGAUCAGUGGGAAGGCAAGAUCUUGUCCGAUUUUAAGACACCGGUUUGGAGGGUUUCAUGGUCGUUGACUGGAAAUAUUUUGGCUGUGGCUGAUGGUAAUAACAAUGUGACAUUAUGGAAAGAAGCAGUAGAUGGGGAAUGGCAACAGGUGACAACGGUAGAGCCUUAAAAUCAUCAAUAUAGAAUUAUGGAGACUUUUUCAUUUUGGAAUAUCAUUGACAUCUUGUUCCUUUGCAUAUUAUACAGUUAAGUAAUUGUGCUUGAUAAUCCCUUCCUUGAAUUCCAUUUGAUAAUUUGUGCUUGCAAGAA